AUGUAUAUCUUGGAAUAUUUGAUUUGGUGUGAUAUGACAGAUUAUUCUUUACUUUUGGGUGUUUUGAGAUGUUCUUAUUACACAGUUGGGCUUCUUAAUAAUAAUAUCUUCGGUUGUGGAUUUUUGAAUCCCAUAGCUUUGGGUUAA